CCCGUAAUAUAUCUGGAGAAUUUAUAGCUGGAUUUCCUACUUCAAGAUUAUUAUUUGCUGAUACUGGAACAUAUUUUCUACCUAUCAUAGAUUUUAAAAUAUUACACUUGACUGUAUUGUCAAAAUCUCUUGCACUUGCAUUCUCAAGAACCAUCAUAUGCCCUUCAAGAUAUGCCUAUGAUUGA